GAAGUGGGUCGGGACUGAGAUUUGCUUGAUCCGCGCUCUACUUUGAAGGAUGUAACGCUACAGCAUGCAAACCUUGUUUUUGUGAGCAGCUGGUGAAAUUUAUGAAGAUAACCCAGACAGGAUCUGCACAGCCCACCGCUGUUCCCGUCGGCACGGUAACUUCGGACAGAGGCAGGGCUCUCCUGCUAGCUGCCACACCAGCUAACUCCAGAUCUCUUCACCCCUCCUCCUGAUGCUGAGAGGUCUGCGGCCCCACAUCUGUCCCAUCUGCAGCUGAACAGCUGUGAAGAUCGUCUCUGCUCCAGCCUCCUGAUUCAGUGAAACUGUGUCAACUACAUAAUAUCCUCAGAAGGCUUAGUGAGAGAUAAGUCAAGAUGUCCAUCACAAACACACCCACCAGCAACGAUGCCUGCCUGAGCAUUGUGCACAGCCUGAUGUGUCACAGACAGGGUGGCGAGAGCGAGACAUUCGCCAAGAGGGCCAUUGAGAGCCUGGUGAAAAAGCUGAAGGAGAAAAAAGACGAGCUCGACUCCCUCAUCACGGCUAUCACCACCAACGGGGCCCAUCCCAGCAAGUGUGUGACCAUUCAGAGGACGCUUGAUGGACGGCUGCAGGUGGCUGGACGUAAAGGCUUCCCCCAUGUAAUCUACGCCCGGCUGUGGCGGUGGCCUGACCUGCACAAGAAUGAACUGAAACAUGUCAAAUACUGCCAGUUUGCCUUCGACCUCAAGUGUGACAACGUGUGUGUCAACCCCUAUCACUAUGAGAGAGUGGUGUCUCCUGGCAUAGACUUAUCAGGACUGACGCUGACCCCCUCUGGACCCAGCUCUGCACUGAUGGUUAAGGAUGAGUAUGAUUUCGAUGGACCACAGAGCCUGCCCUCCAUCGACGGAGGGCACUCCAUCCAGACCAUCCAGCACCCCCCAUCCGCCGGCCGUCCGGCCCCCUCUGAAUCAUUUGCAACCCCAAACCUGCUCCCGCCUGCGGAGGCCUCCACCUCUGGUUCAUCAUCAUCUUUCCCUGCCAUUGCUGCUGGAUCAGGCAGUGCCAGCUCAACCUGGUCCAGGAACAGCAGCUUCACCCCCAACAUACCCCACCACACCAACGGUCAUCUACAGCACCACCCUCCUAUGCCACAUCCAACACACUACUGGCCGGUGCAUAAUGAGCUCGCCUUCCAGCCUCCUAUAUCCAAUCAUCCAGCUCCUGACUACUGGUGCUCCAUUGCCUAUUUUGAGAUGGACGUUCAAGUCGGGGAGACGUUCAAGGUGCCCUCUUCUUGCCCCAUUGUGACAGUGGACGGCUAUGUCGACCCCUCAGGAGGAGACCGCUUCUGUUUAGGCCAGCUCAGCAAUGUACAUCGCACUGAGGCUAUCGAGAGAGCAAGGCUUCACAUCGGUAAAGGGGUUCAGCUGGAAUGUAAGGGUGAGGGAGACGUGUGGGUGCGAUGCCUCAGUGACCACGCCGUGUUUGUUCAGAGUUACUACCUGGACCGAGAGGCGGGUCGAGCCCCUGGAGACGCUGUUCACAAAAUCUACCCCAGCGCUUACAUCAAGGUGUUUGACCUCCGUCAGUGCCACAGACAGAUGCAACAGCAGGCAGCUACGGCUCAAGCAGCAGCUGCAGCCCAGGCAGCCGCUGUGGCCGGAAACAUACCCGGACCUGGAUCAGUUGGAGGGAUAGCUCCAGCCAUUAGUCUGUCAGCGGCAGCCGGUAUCGGGGUAGAUGACCUCCGGAGGCUGUGUAUUCUCAGGAUGAGUUUUGUUAAGGGCUGGGGGCCCGACUACCCACGCCAGAGCAUCAAGGAGACCCCCUGCUGGAUCGAGAUCCACCUGCACAGAGCUCUACAGUUACUGGACGAGGUUCUGCACACUAUGCCUAUAGCGGACCCGCAGCCUCUGGACUGAGACCUGCAGCAUCGCACUGCGACUCAUACAGUGGCAAUUGAAAGUCUUCCUCAGUGAACUGUUUUGGGUGGAGGAGCCAGUGGCACAGGCGUGACACUGAAGCUCACCCACAUGAAAAAGUACUUUCAGGUGUUUGAGGCACCUUUGUGCACUGUGGCCCCGACUCUUGCUUCUUGAAGCAGGAGUGACACUAAAAUGAACCAAAGCCAUAUAUUAAAGAUAUAGCUGUCAUAUUUUUGAUAGAUGGCUUUGAUAUCUGAUGACUGGAAUGAUGAACUAUAGGACUAGGAAAGGCAUCACAAAUAACUACAGUUACAAAGCACCACAUCGUGCUCAUUGAUGACCUGCGGAUCCCAUGAAACUGGAAUGUACAGCGAGUCCACAACCGCCAACUACUGACAGAUAUUAGAGUCACUGAACAAUAACCGAACAUCUGAGAGCUGUGCUGCUGUGAGAUGGAUCAUAUCCAGUGUCUGGGCACCGCAGCACUGCUCGAAGAUCACUGCUCGACAUCACGCUGCCUCUCAGAUACUGAACAGGGCUGAGGACCACCCAGCUUGGAUCAGGUCAUACGAGACACUCACAACCAUCCACAGAUAUCACAGAGAAUGAAAUGACAUGCACCAUCCCUAAAGCCGACCCCUAACCUCUGAACUGAAACAAGGUCAAGGAUUCUUCUAGGUCAGGUAUUGUCAAAGUACGGGUUUGGACCUUAAAAACUGGUUGUGGGCUUGGUGUGCCCCACCAUACAUGUUUCUAUUUUCUCUCUCACCUGUAGUGCUGUUUAUCAGCCUUGAUUGUUUUGGUGUGAGUUGCAGAGUGUUGGAGAUAUCGGCCGGUUUUUUUUAGAUAUUUUUGGGGGGCAUUUUUUAGCCUUUAUUUGACAGGACAGACAAGUGUGAAAGGGGGAGAGAGAGGAAGUAACAUGCUGAGCACCUAUUUUUUUAGGGUUCAACAGCUGUGCCCUGUGAUAAACUGAGUUCACGUUUCAGGUAAACAGGCUAUGAUGUGGUGUGUGUAAAGAAAAAUAGUUCCUAUCUCAAACUGCCCACAACAAGGUCUGUGGAUUAUCUUGAGUAACAGGGUCAUGAUUUCUGAGUUUUUCUAAUGCAUUUUGUGCCGAUUUUUAAGCAGCACAAGUUGAGUACCAUCUAGUUCCAUUAUAUUCAAGAGAAGGCAGACAUCUCUACAUGCGAUAUCUCCAACACUCAGCUCACACCAAAACAAUAAAUUGAUAAAUAGCACUACAGGAAAGAGGUAAAAUGUGUUUUUAAUUUUGGGGUGAACUAGAUUGAACAAGAUGUCGGAGCAAAGGAAAAGCCCACAGUCGAGGUUUUGGACCAGACGAUAAAGUUCUUCUCCGGCAUAAUGACAGACAAAGUUGAACGGCCCAUUGAUGAUACAAUAUAUCUGGUUUUUACUGACUUACUGUGAUUAUAUCAUUUCUUCACUCACUCAGAAAAAGUGAUCACUUAUCACUGGUCACUUCCACCUGUUUCAGGUUACUAUUUUGGAAAAUGCCCUAUUUUAUGCUGCCACAAAGGAUGAAUCUCAUACACCGCCUUCUGCAAACUCCUCGCCAUUUGUCCCUUUCAUGCCGAGAGCAAAAAAGAAAACAGCGGUGAUGUUUUUGUUUCACAUGCAAUGGAAUUUAGAGAAGGCGGCAGACAGAUGGUGUUAGAUAUCUGAGAUUUGACCAUGGUACAAAGAACAGGGUUCAUCAAAGUUUUGGCAAGCCAAAGUACUUAUUACUCAGACACACACUGUAGGUCCAGUAUGAUCAUGUCAGCUGCCCAACUUUUUAUUUGGAAAUUUCUUUAAUUGAAUUUUAAAGGUGAUGAUAAUUAUUUGUAUUCAUUUAAAUUUGUAUGGAUUUUAAUCUCCAAGCAUACCCGACACAUCAUCCCCACUGUGAGAAUCAUUGUACUUAAAUAUCUUAUGACUUGCAGCCCACUUAUAUACGACUCGAUCCAGGUCUCUUGUGUGUAGUUUACUGACAGAGAGAAUUUAAGGCAGUUUCCCAGCAAUAUUGAUAUAUUUUCUUGGUUUUAUUUUUGUUACUUUUAUUAAUUGAUUUGUAUUAUAUUUUUAGCACUUUACUUUUUUUCUUGUUUUUAAUCCAAUAACCCUUAUUUUGAGGUGGUUGUCCUGCAAUAUGAAUAAGGGAGUGAAUAGUUUUAUGUAGGAUUGUGAGCAGAGGUGACUUUGUGAUGCAUUUGUAUGGAGAACAUUUGUAACACUAAGGCAUCUUUUUAAAAUCUGUUUUUGCCCUUUCACUCUCAAUAGGCAUUUAGACAAAUCUGUAGAGUUUCUUUCGGCUGUUCUGAGUUGCAGUCUUUUUUUGAUUUGCAGUUUUUUUUCCUUUUUAAUCCAUGUAAAUAACUUUUGUUUCUGAACUGCAUGUCAAUGUUUGCAUGAAUUUUAAUGGCAAAGAGACCGCUUUAUCUCUGACCCCCCUUUUUACAAUAGGUUACUUCACUUGCCCUGCAUUACACAGGAAAAGUGGAUUAUCAGAGGAGAGUAGAAACCAGCACCCGCAGUGUACUGGUGUGUUAACCAGGCAAACAAAUAAAAGCUACAGAAUCACAACUAAUGUAAAUGAUCCAAUUUAAUUAUAUAAACUCAACUUUUUAGCAGCGAGGUUCGUAAAGAAGGCAACUUUCCUUCUGAGACCUAAUGUGUUUAGAUACAGUAACGCCAUCAGUUAUUAGUGUGCAGAGAAACAGAUAAAGGUAGGCCGACACAGAAAUAAUUUGAUUUCAACAUGAGUCCCCUCGUCUCCUCUGACUGUGCGCUGCCUGUGAUACUUUCUUUUUCUGUUUUUAAAGGCAUUUGUUGGGACAUCUCUGUAACAUCAGUAACCUUUAAAUUUAAGUGUACAUUAAAGGCCCAGUGUAUAAGAUACAUGGGGACUUUGGGUGUAUCUAGCAGUGAGGAUUGCCGAUUGCAACCACCUGAAACUUCUCCAAGUUAGAUUUCCUUCAGUGCUGAUCGUACAAAAGGUUUUCACCCUGAGCUGAACUGUCUCCUCUCCAAAACAAGCGGACCAGCGUGAAAACACUGAUUUAAGUAGUUUCACGUCUGUGUUUCAGAUGGCCCACUUGCCUAGCACCUGCUAAUGUGUGCCCACCUAUUGUCUCUGACAUCUUAAAGCGUGCUCACUUUAUUUCUGAUUCAGACGUUCUGGAGGUUUUUACUGUGAGCUGAAUUAUCUGCAGAGGUCUCUUCCUCUCCAAAACAAAUGGACCCAGUGAUUUAAACCUGUAAAAACACUGAGUAAAGCAGUUUCAUGUUAAAAAUUAAGUGUUUUCCUGACACUCUUUUCAUGGACGGUGGCUGACACAGAAACAGGAAGCACCUGAUCUAGAGCUAGUGUUUGGUUUAUCCAUUCUGGGCUACUGUAGAAACAUGGCGGUGCAACAUGGUGAGGAUCUGCUUUGUAGAUACAAACGGCUCAUUCUGAGGCAAAGAAAACAUGAUGAUUCUUAUAUUCAGGUGAAUAGACAUGAAAGAAAACAGUUAUUAUAUUCCAUUUCUGCCCCUAAAUCCUGCACACUGGGCCUUUAAGACUUCACUUUGCAAUGACUAACAUAGUUUUAAAAUCACUUUUAAAUUGGCAGUAGAUUUGAGGUUGGCAUGGCGAUUCAUCUCUCGGGAAGUGACGUGGUAAUUAAAUUUAAGUGCGUCCGAAAAUAUACAUACCACUGUUUAUAAACACAAAGGUAUGUUGAAGAAUAGCACACAUUUUGCAAUCCAGUCGAGUGAUCAAAUCUAAGCCAGCGGGUUGCUUUCUCUCUCCUCUGUCCCAUCUGUAAUUAUCUCACUUUAAUUUGAAACACAUCGUCUAAAAAUAUUUGUUUAACAUCAGGGAUUAAGCCUCAAACUUUAGAUUUUAUUCACAUAAUUAUGCAUUCUAUCGAUUGAAUGGCAGGAAACAAGAUAUUUUAUGAUUCUGUGUUACUGAAAGAACUGAUGCUGAAUUCUGUCUGAAGAAAUAACCUGUUAUGUUCUGUUGUGCUUUACGGUUGAACAAAUGUUUUUAUAUCACUUGCAGUUAUAGAAGCCUGAAGACACGGCUCCAGUGAGCUGAUGUUGACUACUAUGACAGAGUGCAGAGACAAAUUUUACCUGUAUUUCUUAUGUGAGAGUCUAUAAUUAAACAUGGCCUGAUAUU